AUGGCACUGAAUAAUUAUAUUAAGAAAACAGAAAUGGAUUAUUUAUAUGAACAAGCUGCACUUUGGUUAAAAUGGGAUAAAACACCAGAGACCAGAAAAGAAAUUGAAGAUCUUGUUGCUUCAAAGAAUGAAGAAGAAUUAAAGAAAAGAUUUUGUAAAAGAAUUGAAUUUGGUACAGCAGGUUUAAGAGGUAAAAUGUGUGCUGGAUUUAAUUGUAUGAAUAACCUUAUUGUACAACAAGCAUCACAAGGACUUGCAUUAGCUGUAGAAGAACUUGUUCAAAACGCACAUGAAAAAGGUGUUGUAAUUGGGUAUGAUGGAAGAUAUCAUUCAAAGGAAUUUGCUGCUAUUACAGCAAAAGUAUUUAUUUCAAAAGGAUUUAAGACAUAUCUUUUUUCAACCCUUUGUCCAACACCAUGGACUGCUUUUGCAGUUGGAUAUCUUAAAACUGCAUGUGGUGUUAUGGUGACAGCAUCACAUAAUCCAAAAGCUGAUAAUGGAUAUAAAGUUUAUUGGGAAAAUGGAUGUCAAAUUAUAGAACCAAUUGAUGCAAAUAUUGCAUCAAAGAUUCAUUCUAAUCUUGAACCAUGGGAUUUAAGUAAUGUUGAUAUUUCUAAAGUUAUUGAUCCUCUUGCUGAUGUUUCUGCUGAAUAUUAUAAACAAAUGAUGUUAACUAUUCCACAUUUUGAAUGUCCAGAACAACCAAAAGUUAAAUAUGUUUAUACUGCUAUGCAUGGUGUUGGAUCAAAAUAUGUUCAAGAUGCUUUUAAAACUGCUAAACUUCCACAACCAAUUCUUGUUCCACUCCAAAAUGAACCAGAUCCAGAAUUCCCAACUGUUCCAUUCCCUAAUCCAGAAGAAGGUAAAGGUGCUCUUAAAUGUUCUAUUGAAGUAGCAGAAGCAAAUGGAGCUACAGUAAUUAUUGCUAAUGAUCCAGAUGCAGAUAGACUUUCUGUUGCUGUUAAAUCUGGAAAUGGAUGGAGACAAUUUACUGGAAAUGAAAUGGCUAAUUUAAUUGCAGAUUGGACUUAUAAUAAGUAUAUUGUUAGUGGAGAUAAAACACCUGCUUUUAUGGUUAGAAGUACUGUUUCAUCAUCAUUUAUUAGUAAAAUGGGAGAAGUUGAAGGAUUUGAUACUUAUGAAACAUUAACUGGAUUUAAAUGGAUUGGAAAUAAAGCUAAAGAAAUAGUUGAUACACAACAUAAAAAAUUACUUAUGGCAUAUGAAGAAGCUAUUGGAUUUGUUAUUGGAAAUAUGUCAUAUGAUAAAGAUGGUGUUAGAGCUGCUGUUUGUUUUGCUGCUAUGGCACUUGAAUAUGCAGAACAAGGAUUUAAUUUAGAAGAUAGAUUAAAUAUGUUAUAUGAGAAAUACGGAUAUUUUGCAAGUAAUAAUAAAUACUAUUUCUGUUAUGAUCCAAAACUUAUGGAAAAAAUCUUUAAUAAAAUGAGAAAUAAUGGUCAAUAUUAUUGGAAAUUCGGUAAAUAUGCUGUUAAAAGUAUUAGAGAUUUAACUGUUGGAAUUGAUACUGCUCAACCAGAUAAAAAGCCAUUACUUCCAGUUAGUGCUUCUACUCAAAUGAUUACUUAUACUUUUGAAAAUGGUUGUAAAGCUACUUUAAGAGGAUCAGGAACUGAACCAAAAUUAAAAUAUUAUAUUGAACUUCCAGGUAAGAAAGGUGUUAAAGCAGAAGAUGUUAUUGCAGAAUUAAUGGAUCUUUCCCAUGAACUUCUUCAAGCUUCUCUUGAACCAGAAAAGAAUGGUUUAAUCCCACCAAAAGCUGAGUAAACGAAUUAAAUGACUUUCAUUAUUUC